GUCCGCCCCCAGCAGCGACCCGGCCAUGGAGCGCAUGGAGGUGACCGAAACCUUCGCCGGCGUCUCCCUGCCUGGCCACCUCCACACGCAGGAGUCUCUCAGCUAUGCCACAGCCUUCGCCUUCCGCCCCACCGACGUGGUCAUCGCCACUUACCCCAAAUCGGGCACCACCUGGAUGCAGGAGAUCCUGACGCUGCUCUUCAGCCACGGGGAUGCUGUGCCGGCCAAGACCAUCCCCAACUGGGAGCGGGCACCCUGGCUGGAGCAGAUCUACUUCAGGUCUGCGCUGCAGGACUCGGCCACCCCCCGCCUCCUCACCACCCACCUGCCUGCCCGUGUCCUGGCACCCUCCCUGCAGCACAGUAAGGCCAAGGUGAUCUAUGUGGCCAGGAACCCCAAGGACGUUGCUGUCUCGUUCUACCACUUCCACCACCUGGCCAAGUUCCUGCCUGACCCUGGCUCCUUCGACACUUUCCUCACACAGUUCCUCGAGGGCACAGUGCACUACGGCUCCUGGUUUGACCACGUCAAGGGCUGGCUGGGACAGCGCCACCUCCUGGACAUCUUCUAUGUCACCUACGAGGAGCUGCACCAGGACCUGCGGGCCACGGUGCAGCGGCUCAGCACCUUCCUGGGCUGCCCGUUGGCGCCGGAGACGUUGGCAGCCAUGGAGCAUCAUUGCAGCUUUGCCACCAUGAAGGACAACGCCAUGGUCAACUACUCCCUCAUCCCCUCCGAGAUCAUGGACCACAGCCAGGGACGCUUCAUGAGGAAAGGUGUGGUGGGCGACUGGCGCGACCACUUCUCCCCGCAGCAGAACGCCCUCUUCAACCGGCGCUACCAGGAGGAGAUGGGCGACUCGGAGCUGUCCACUCGCUGGCCCAUGGCCUGACCGGCCACAGAGGGGCGCCAGCAGUGCUCGACCCUGUCACGCACAGCACAGCUUCGCCCUCCACUGGCCCCCAUUGUCGGGGGGCACCCUGCACCCCCAUGACUGACGCAUCAGGCCGGAGGUGCGGCGGGAGUGGGGAGGGGGCACCGGCUGCAUGACCCCGCUCGGGGACGUGGGACUUUCGCGGCCGUGCCUGUGGCCCUUCCGCUGCCUGGGGUGGGUCCGCGUGGCCGUGACCUCUCCGUUCCGCCCAGCCAGCGCCGGAGGAAUAAAUAUUUAUUGCGGUUGCCGCCCGGGCAGCACUCCCGGGGGCUGCGGUGAGCAUG